CCCCCAGAUUGGAAUUCAUUCAUUCGCUCACUUCAUUCUGCAACAUUCAACGGCCGCAUUUCCUGUCGCACGGGGGCAGCGUGCGCUGUGUUUAUCAAAAAAUAGCCGCGAAUUGUUUGCUAUUAAUGCUCGGAGUGGUGCAUUAUGGGUUAUGCUGACCGUAACGAAACAUACAACGUGAGGCUGCAUAUUCGAUUGCCACGAAAUUUGGACGGUAAGAAGCUGAAUCCUGGUGUCAAAGCUGUUCGUCCACAACAGGAUUGGCAGUGGGGUGUCACAACUUUCAAGGAGUUCCAAGAAAACCAGGAUUUGCUAGCGACAUAAACUUUUUGCGUUCGUGAGGAGACAAAAUCAAACAGAAGACUGCAUUCUAGUAUCCUAAGUCUUUAAUAACCAGCACAUAAUGGGUUUGGACGGCGAAGAUUUCAUCGCAAAUCCAUACAGAGUGGACACCACCGACGAUGAACUCGACCUAGAUGAAACUUCCGAGGUGAUUGUCGAUUAUAUGGGCGACGAGGACGAUUUAAUGGGCUUAGACGACUUGGAGGACGACGAUGACGAAGAUUUCGAUAUUGAGAGCACCAGCGAUACGUAUGUUAUCCAAUCUGGUGGUACUUUAGAGUAUUGCUAUGAUGAUUUCCUCAGCGACGAUGAUGAUGACGACUCGGUGGAUGAACUACGGGGAACGAUCAUCAACGGCGUGUUCACAGAGACCGGUUGGGAACGGGCGCCCAUGCGAAUACAGCUGGAACUGGCUCGCUAUGCUGAUUCCAACAGUUCGGAACAAACGAGUAGUAAUUCGGUGGAACAGACUGAGAGUAAACAUGGAAAUGAAGCUGCAAAUGUGAAUCAGACUCAAACGCCUUCACCUCUGCCAACACAGCCGGACUUUGAAGGAUCGUAGAGUCGUAGUGCUGUUGGUUAUUUGUUGGAGACUUUAGGGAAGUUGUUUGAGAUAUUAUAUAUAUUAAUACAUAAGAAUCUUACUCAUACAGAGGGUAAUUAUAUUAGAGUUUAAAUUUGUUUGCAUAUUUGCGAGAAUAUGAGAAGUCCAAACAGAUAAUUAUGAUUUGCGUCCGGAUAUUGUUUACAUUGCCUAAUGCACAGUGUUUAAACGGUGUUUGGCUCUCAGUUUCUUUUGUAUAGUUUGUUAUUAAAUUAUUUUCAUGAAAGUAUCCAAUAUCCAAGUGGUUUAAGAAAUACUUGUAUAUAUUCUGUUUGCUGGCUGAAUGCAGGGCGUUUUCUGAAUAUUUAAUUGUAUAUUUCUUUUGUUUUUUGUUGUCUGAUGAUAAUUAAAGACUUCUUAUACAA